AUGGCCGUCCGGUCCGGCCUGUGGCCAGCGUUCCUGGGCAUAGUCCUCGCCGCCUGGCUCCGCGGCUCGGGGGCCCAGCAGAGUGCCACGGUGGCCAACCCGGUGCCCGGCUCUAACCCAGACCUGCUUCCCGACUUCCUGGUGGAGCCCGAGGACGUGUACAUCGUCAAGAACAAGCCGGUGCUGCUGGUGUGCAAGGCCAUGCCCGCCACGCAAAUCUUCUUCAAGUGCAACGGGGAGUGGGUGCGCCAGGUGGACCACGUGAUCGAGCGCAGCACGGAUGGGAGCAGCGGACUGCCUGCCAUGGAGGUCCGCAUCAAUGUCUCGAGGCAGCAGGUGGAGAAGGUGUUUGGGCUGGAGGAGUACUGGUGCCAGUGCGUGGCGUGGAGCUCCUCGGGCACCACCAAGAGUCAGAAGGCCUACAUCCGCAUUGCCUAUUUGCGCAAGAACUUUGAGCAGGAGCCGCUGGCCAAGGAGGUGUCCCUGGAGCAGGGCAUCGUGCUGCCCUGCCGCCCGCCAGAGGGCAUCCCCCCAGCUGAGGUGGAGUGGCUCCGGAACGAGGACCUGGUGGACCCAUCCCUGGACCCCAAUGUGUACAUCACGCGGGAGCAUAGCCUGGUGGUGCGACAGGCCCGCCUGGCCGACACGGCCAACUACACCUGCGUGGCCAAGAACAUCGUAGCUCGUCGCCGCAGCGCCUCCGCUGCUGUCAUCGUCUACGUGGAUGGCAGCUGGAGCCCGUGGAGCAAGUGGUCGGCCUGUGGGCUCGACUGCACCCACUGGCGGAGCCGCGAGUGCUCUGACCCAGCACCCCGCAACGGAGGUGAGGAGUGCCGAGGCACUGACCUGGACACCCGCAAUUGUACCAGUGACCUCUGCGUGCACACUGCUUCCGGCCCAGAGGACGUGGCCCUCUACGUGGGCCUCAUAGCCGUGGCCGUGUGCCUCCUCCUGCUGCUGCUCGUCCUCAUUCUUGUGUACUGCCGCAAGAAGGAGGGACUGGACUCGGAUGUGGCCGACUCAUCCAUUCUCACCUCAGGCUUCCAGCCCGUCAGCAUCAAGCCCAGCAAAGCAGACAAUCCCCAUCUGCUCACCAUCCAGCCAGACCUCAGCACCACCACCACCACCUACCAGGGCAGUCUGUGUCCCCGGCAAGAUGGGCCCAGCCCCAAGUUCCAGCUCACCAACGGGCACCUGCUCAGCCCGCUGGGUGGCGGCCGCCACACGCUGCACCACAGCUCACCCACCUCCGAGGCUGAGGACUUCGUCUCCCGCCUCUCCACCCAGAAUUACUUCCGCUCCCUGCCCCGCGGCUCCAGCAACAUGGCCUAUGGGACCUUCAACUUCCUUGGGGGCCGGCUGAUGAUCCCUAAUACAGGCAUCAGCCUCCUCAUCCCCCCAGAUGCCAUACCCCGAGGAAAGAUCUACGAGAUCUACCUCACACUGCACAAGCCGGAGGAUGUGAGGUUGCCCCUAGCCGGCUGUCAGACCCUGCUGAGUCCCAUCGUUAGCUGUGGGCCCCCCGGAGUCCUGCUCACCCGGCCCGUCAUCCUCGCCAUGGACCACUGUGGGGAGCCCAGCCCCGAGAGCUGGAGCCUGCACCUCAAAAAGCAGUCCUGCGAAGGCAGCUGGGAGGACGUGCUGCACCUCGGCGAGGAGGCACCCUCCCACCUCUACUACUGCCAGCUGGAGGCCGGCGCCUGCUAUGUCUUCACGGAGCAGUUGGGCAGAUUCGCCCUGGUGGGAGAGGCUCUCAGCGUGGCCGCGGCCAAGCGCCUCAAGCUGCUUCUGUUUGCCCCCGUGGCCUGCACCUCCCUCGAGUACAACAUCCGAGUCUACUGCCUGCAUGACACCCACGAUGCACUCAAGGAGGUGGUGCAGCUGGAGAAGCAGCUGGGAGGACAGCUGAUCCAGGAGCCUCGCAUCCUGCACUUCAAGGACAGUUACCACAACCUGCGCCUGUCCAUCCAUGACGUGCCCAGCUCCCUGUGGAAGAGCAAGCUCCUUGUCAGCUACCAGGAGAUCCCCUUUUAUCACAUCUGGAAUGGCACACAGCAGUACCUGCACUGUACCUUCACCUUGGAGCGCAUCAGCCCCAGCACCAGCGACCUGGCCUGCAAGGUGUGGGUAUGGCAGGUGGAGGGCGACGGGCAGAGCUUCAACAUCAACUUCAACAUCACCAAGGACACGAGAUUCGCUGAGCUGCUGGCCCUGGAGAGUGAAGGGGGGGUCCCAGCCCUAGUGGGCCCCAGUGCCUUCAAGAUCCCCUUCCUCAUUCGGCAGAAGAUCAUUACCAGCCUAGACCCACCCUGUAGCCGUGGUGCCGACUGGCGGACUCUGGCCCAGAAACUCCACCUGGACAGCCAUCUCAGCUUCUUUGCCUCCAAGCCCAGCCCCACAGCCAUGAUCCUCAACCUGUGGGAGGCACGGCACUUCCCCAACGGCAACCUCAGCCAGCUGGCUGCAGCAGUGGCCGGACUUGGCCAGCCAGAUGCUGGCCUCUUCACAGUGUCAGAGGCCGAAUGCUGA